CUUUAUAUAUUGACAGCAAAAAACCCACAUCAUAUAUACAUAUAUAUAUAUGAUCUGUGUAUCUAGAAUUGUAACAUUCUUGAAUCUCAAAAAACACACAACAGCAAACAAAAAUAUAAUUAUCAGUGCAAUAAAACAGAGAAGAAAUAUAAUUAGCAACAUGUCUGAAAUUGAUCAAAGCAUCGGUUUUGAACGGCCAAGAUUGGUUGCCAAGAAAAUCUUGGCAAAAUCACAGGGCGAAGGUCAGGGUGCUGUUGUCAGAAGAAGCAUUGGAAGGCCUGAGUUGAAGUCUCUGGAUCCUUUCCUCAUGCUAGAUGAAUUUUCUGUUUCACCUCCAGCUGGAUUUCCUGACCAUCCCCACAGAGGAUUCGAGACGGUUACAUACGUGUUGAAGGGAGGCGUCACUCAUCAAGAUUUCGCCGGUCAUAAGGGCACAAUACACGCGGGUGAAGUGCAGUGGAUGACCGCAGGAAGGGGUAUCGUUCACUCGGAAAUGCCCGCGGGUGACGGUCCUAACACCGGUCUACAAUUGUGGAUCAAUCUCUCUUCCAAGGAUAAAAUGAUGGAACCAAGGUAUCAAGAAUUGCUAAAAGAAGACAUCCCAAGUGCCGAAAACGAGGGCGUAGAAGUCAAAGUCAUUGCGGGCGAGUCGAUGGGUAUCCACUCGCCCGUCUACACUCGUACACCAACAAUGUACUUGGAUUUCACUCUAAAACCCGAUUCACAUUACCAUCAAAAUAUUCCGGAAUCUUGGAAUGCGUUUGUGUACAUAAUCGAAGGGGAAGGAGUAUUUGGGGUUCCCAAUGCGGGCCCCGCAUCGGCACACCAUAUAUUGGUAUUGGGGCCCGUCGGAGAGGGGCUGAGCGUGUGGAACAAGUCCGAUAAGACGUUGAGGUUUAUUUUGGUGGGCGGCGAACCGAUUAAUGAACCGGUUGUUCAGCAUGGUCCUUUUGUGAUGAACACACAAGCCCAGAUUGAUAAGACUAUUGAAGACUAUUAUUAUGGCAAAAAUGGGUUUGAGUUGGCUAAGCAAUGGAGAUCUAAAUGAGUGAAAGUUGGCAUUAUUAUUAUCAUUUUUUUUUUAUUUUUUUUUUGUGUGUGUGUGUGUGUUUGUGAUGGCAAAAUACCAAUAAGAAAGUGAAAUCAGAAUUGUGUUAGGAGUUACUUUUUUUCUUUAUAUAUGUCAUUAUCUUCACCUAUAUAUAUAUAUAUAUAUGUUAGAUAUACACACACAAAGAGGAUAUCUUUUUUUAGUGUGAGAAGCUUCUAGAAGCAUGAGGAAUGCAGGCCUUGGAUGUUUGUGUUGGUUUAUGCUAAAGUCAUAUCACAUAUGAUUGGUUAAUCCUUUGAUUCUAGAAGAUAUUUGGUUGUUGAAUGUGAUGUAUAUUUCUUCUUUCUUUC